AUGUCUUUGAAACGUAGCGGAUUGCCCCUCGCCGACGAGGAACACGAUGAUGAACCUUUCAAGGAGCCUUGGACGCCAUUUUCAGAUGAGCUUGGAUCAGAGAUGGUUCGGGUUCUUAUAGGCAAGAACAGUCACAAGAAGGUCUUUCAUGUGCACAAAAACAUACUUUUCGAUAAAAUACCAUGUUUCAAGGAGCUUUCCAAUAACAACCGCAAAAUCGUCGAAUUUCCACAUCAUGUACCAAGUACCUUCGACGUUCUUCUUGAGUGGGUCCACACAGAUUGCUUGCGAGGUAUUGAGAUCAUUGGUGGCGAUAAACAUUUUGUUCAGUACAGAUCCUGGGAUCUCCUAUGUCUCUACCAACUUGCAGAAGAAUUACUUCUUCCAGAGCUUAUGGAUCGAGUCAUGGAACUUCACCGAAGGCUUGAUGCUAUAUACUGUGUUAGUUACGAUCCUACUGGUCUUAAGAGAAUUUACGAAAGGACUGCUAAAACCUCAAAAUUCAGACAGUAUUGUGCAGAAAAGGUUGCAUAUGUAGUCCGCAAUAAAGCAGAGAAGGAUAUUCCAACGCCUGAAUUGUUGUCUGCCAUGGAUAACAAAGAUCUUGCCGGUGAUUAUUUAAGUAUAAGUCGGAGGGUGACUAUCGAAGAUCCAAGCAAAGGCUCGGGCUGUCGGUUCCAUAUGCAUGAUAAAAGUGAGAAGUGCUUGGCAAAAGAUCGUCGUGGGGAAGUAAAGGUCACUAUUUUGUCGCAUGAACAGAUAAAAAAAAGAAGAAUACCACCAGCAAAGAAACCGAGGCUCUCCAAAAGCCCUCAAGAGUCUUGA